AACCUUUACCAUCAUUAAGUUUCCCAACAAUUCACCGUAUCUUCCUCACAGAAUAUAAUGAACAUAAUGAAAUUUUCUUUAAUCUAAUUAAUGAUCCUCAUGAAGUUUUAGAAGGAUCUGAGCGUUUACAAGUUAUAGAAGACACUUUGAAUAAAAAGCAUUCUGAUUCAGAAAUUUCUGCUUUGUGCUGUGACGUAAUUCAAACACAAUUCUUCUCGUCACAAAACUUUUCAAUACAAGAUUUUCAAGAGCUAUCACAAUAUUUUAUGAAAGCAACAGAAGUUCUAGUUACUGCGGACGUCAAAAUCUUACAGAGAAUAUCCGCAAUUGCGCUUCUGAAAGUAUUUAUAACCAAUUUAUGGAAUUUUGCAUCAAUUCAAAAAUCUUUAACAGAUCCUAUAGAAUUUGAAUUUGGAAAUGAAGAAGACUUUAGCAUUAAUGAUUUAAAUCAACGUUUAGAAAUACAAAAACCUUUAAUUCAUUCUUUAAUGUACUAUUUGCUUAAAUCUUUAAAGUUAAAGGAAUUUUCUAUCGACGAUAUCAAAAGAUUUUGUGAUGUGCAACAACAAAUAAUGCCAUGGCUUGGUGGACUUGUAUGGGAUGAUAAUGAUAAUCGGUUAGGUUAUGAUCCAUAUUGGUAUGUCGAACAGUAUAAGCGAGCCGAAUUUGCGGCUGUAAGAAUGUCAAGUCGUGGUGAUUGUAAACAUUUGGACGCAUUAUUAGAAGAUAUUUUAGAUCUAACAGCAGAAAAUUCAAUCAAUCUUCGAAUUUCAUUCGCAGGAAUAAUCAUAAUGAGACUUUAUAUAAUUCAAGCAACUCAUGAAUGGAAUGAAUCUGAAACUUUGUUAGCACAAAAAAUUAAAACUUAUUUCGAUACGCUUCAGAUUCCUGAAUUUUAUAAAAAACCAUUGCUGGGAUUUUUAUUAAACAAGCAUGCAAUUU